AUGACUCUCUCGCCCGUCGUGACGACGACGCAGUCCGAGGGGACCACGAUACGUGCCAUCGGCUCGCCAUUUAAGAACCUGACCUCCGGUACAAAUUCGUCGUCCAACGGCACGCCCAAGCUCACGCCGCCCACGUCCGUGCCGCAGCUGCCUACCACGCUCGAUGUCGCCGAGCAGAUGAACGAGGAAGAGAAGCGGAAAUACGUCAAGGGCAAGCAGAACUCCCCUCUCCCAGGCAAGAAACUCGGUGAAGGCACAUACGCCAUCGUCUUCCUCGGCCACCUCAAGUCCAACCCCGCCAAGCAAGUCGCCAUCAAGAAGAUCAAGGUCCAGAAGGAGUACACCGAAGGCAUGGCGCCCGACGCCGUGCGCGAGCUCAAGCACCUGCAGGAGCUCUCGCACCCCAACAUCAUCUCCCUCCUGUCCGUAUUCUCCUCCAAGGACCAAAACCUCAACCUAGUGCUCGAAUUCCUGCCCCUCGGCGACCUCGAGAUGCUCAUCCGCGACACGGACAACGUGCGCUACGGCGCCGCCGACAUCAAGGCCUGGAUGGGGAUGCUCACGCGCGCCGUCUGGUUCUGCCACACCUCCUUCGUGCUGCACCGCGAUAUCAAGCCCAACAACCUGCUCAUCGCUGCCGACGGUGAGGUCAAGCUCGCGGAUUUCGGUCUUGCGCGCUCCUUCGCCGACCCGCACCGCAACAUGACCUCCAACGUCAUCACGCGCUGGUACCGCCCGCCAGAGCUGCUCUUCGGCGCGCGCCACUACUCGGGCGCCGUCGACGUGUGGUCCGUCGGCGCCGUCUUCGCCGAGCUCGUCCUGCGCGCGCCGUACAUGCCGGGCGCCUCCGAGGUCGACCAGGUCCGCCUCAUCUGCGAGGCCGUCGGCACCCCGACCGAGGACAACUGGCCCGGCGUCACCCGCCUCCCCGAGUACACCGUCCCCUCCGGGCCGACCAUCCCCGCCCACCCGCGCGACUGGUACAUGGCCCGCUUCGGCACCGUCGGCGCCGACGGCGUCGACCUCCUCGUUAAGACCCUGAUGCUCGACCCCAAGAAGCGCAUCACCGCCGCGGACAUGCUUCGCCACCCCUGGUGGCACGCGGACCCUAAGCCCACCCCCAAGCGCGACCUCCCGCGCAAGGGUGGCGGCGAGGCUCAGGCCCAGGUUGGCGCCGACUUGAAGCGGCGGCCAGGCGUCGUCGACGAGGAUCGCGGGAGCAAGGUGGCGCGCAAGCUGGACUUUGGGCAGAAGAAGUAG